UGACGUCUGUUAUGACCCCGCACAACUUGACGAAAGCGGUUGUUGUACAGUAGACCUCCGCUGAAGACCCGUCUGCUGUCAGAACCCCUCAUUCGACUAAAUAUUACAUACUAACACAUCAUCACCUCAUCGAUCGAAACGUCGACGCAUGCAAACAUGUCUGCAAGAAACCCCGGAAUGGACCUUGAUCUGGAAUGGGUGUCCAAGGUGAGGGUCAACACCCAGGCGGUUCUGAAGAGAGCCCAACAAAUCCAGUCCGUCAAGCUGGCUAAGAAACAAUGGCAGGCUGCCUGGCUGUUGAAGGCUGUGACGUGCAUCGACCUGACCACCCUGGCGGGCGACGACACUCACUCCAACGUGCACCGCCUGUGCCUGAAGGCGGUGCAGCCGGUGCCCUACGACCUGCUCAAGAGCAUGGGCAUGCACGACCGAGGUUUGACCACCGGGGCCGUGUGUGUGUACCCGUCACGCGUUGCGGACGCGGUCAAGACUCUGAAAGCCGCCAACUCCAGCCUCCCAGUGGCGUCAGUGGCGACAGGCUUCCCGGCGGGUCAGACCCCUCUCCGGGUCCGUCUGGAGGAGGUCCGGGGCGCGGUGGCGGACGGCGCCGCCGAGAUCGACAUCGUCAUCAACCGCACGCUGGCGCUGACCGGCCAAUGGGAAGCCAUGUACGAUGAGAUCCGGCAGUUCCGGGAGGCCUGUGGCGACGCCCACAUGAAGACCAUCCUGGCCAUCGGAGAGCUGGGCACCUACACCAACGUCUACAAGGCCAGCCUGGUGUCCAUGAUGGCCGGCUCGGACUUCAUCAAGACCUCCACGGGGAAAGAGUCGGUGAACGCCACCUACCCCGUUGCCAUAGUGAUGGUGAGGGCCAUCCGUGACUACUUCCUGCGUACGGGUCACAAGGUGGGCUUCAAGCCGGCGGGGGGGAUCCGCACGGCGCAGGAGUCCCUGGUGUGGCUGGCGCUGAUGAAGGAGGAGCUGGGGGACGAGUGGCUCAGCCCCCACCUCUUCCGCCUGGGAGCCAGCUCCCUAUUGGCCGACAUCGAGAGACAGAUCUUUCACUACGUAACGGGCCGAUACCCUGCUCUUCACGAGCUCCCCAUGGCCUGAGACGUACAGCAGACGUUACAACAACAACAACAACCACGAUGACCUCUGACCCGGAACUUCUAAAGCAACCAGGAUUCCUCAGUUUCCGACAUUCAACAAGCAAAGUUGCCUUGGCCGAAGUUCGGAACGACAUCCUCUGCGAAUAAGUAGCCUUGUUAUUUCAUACACCGAUCAGAGCCGCGGAACAAUCACAACUGUCAACCAAUCAGAAUCAUAGAAGACGAUUAGCAUUCCAAUUUGUAUUUUUUUCCACAUUUGCCAUACUGCAAACACGCAGGAACACACUGAAGUAUGAAAGCGUCUGUGGAAUCAAUGUGAUCACACUCUGUCUUACAGUUUGUUUCAGUAGAUUUGCCAGCAGCUAUUGGCAAGCAGGAUGAAUUUAAAAUGCCUCGAUGCUUGUGGCCUUCUACGUUCAUUUCUGCUAAACAUAGAAGAGAUACACAUCUCCCGACAGCGAUAUGAAGUAUAAAUAAUAGGGUGUGCCUACGGUUGGUUAAAAUGGGGACAGUUUUGGUUUCAGCUCUUAACUCUGUUUAGAGUUUAAACGAGAGUAUGAUGCCAGUUUAGCGUUUUAAGUAACGUGUAUAGAGCCGCCGUUGACGAAAAGUGCUUUAUUGUUGUCGAUAAUAUUAUGAACACAUUCAUAUUGUAUAAAAUAAAAACGGUUGUAAUAAAGAAAAUGUAAAAAAAAAAA